UGCCCUGCGCCCUCCCACGGGCGGAGGGGAAGGUGGCGGCAGCAAGAUGGCGGUGGCGGGCAAAGGCGUAGUGUCGGCCGUGAAGCCGAUCUUCAGCCGGGACCUGGGCGAGGCGAAGCGGCGCGUCAGGGAGCUGUACCGGGCCUGGUACCGCGAGGUGCCCAACACGGUGCACCUGUACCAGCUGGACAUCACGGUGAAACAGGGGCGUAACAAGGUGCGGGAGAUGUUCAUGAAGAAUGCCCACGUUACGGAUCCACGCGUGAUAGACAUGCUGGUUAUUAAGGGGAAAAUGGAGCUUCAAGAAACCAUUCAUGUCUGGAAGCAGAGGACUCACGUCAUGAGGUACUUCCACGAGACUGAAACCCCGCAACCCAAAGACUUUCUGUCCAAAUUCUAUGCGGGCCACAAUCCCUGAGAAACUGACUCUGUGUGUUCCUGCCUUAUAGUACAAAUAAAGUUCUAUACAACAGAAAAAA